CGUGUAUGGAUGUGGCGCUUCAUUCUGACGGGCGCUCACGUCUCGGUCCUAUUGGGUCCAGCGUUGAUGGGAGGACUGAAUAAAUAGCGAGUGGGAUGCGAGUGAGGAUGAGAUGAGUGGCGGAGCAGCAGCAGCAGCAGCAGCAGCAGAGGAAGUGGGAGGCACAGGAACUGGACUCUGACUCAACGGGCAUCUGAAUUCUCCUUUCGCUCUCAAGUUGCGCUCCUUCUUUGCACACUUUUUUGCGCUCUAGCCGUUGUCAGUUUCCCCCCCACCCAUUCUUUUUCUUCUUUUUCCGUCCUAUACCUGCACUGUGGGUGCAAGUUGCGUCGGUGCGCCUCCUGCCUUCCCAUCUGCUACCGAACAGGUUUCAAAACAUUCCCUGCGCUGCUUCCGCCGCUCAUUCGAAUCGCAUUUGAAAAGCACGGCCAACAUGAUGAUAAUAUUCGCCGAGUUCUUCGUGGUCAUCUUGAAGGUGCUCUGGGCUAUCGUGACCGCCGGGACUAAAUGGGUUGUGCGGCCGAAGGAGAAGAGCGUGGCCGGACAGGUGUGCGUGAUCACCGGCGCUGGAAGCGGCCUCGGGCGGCUCUUCGCCAAGGAGUUCGCCCGGAGGCGAGCGAUCCUGGUCUUAUGGGACAUAAACAGCCAAAGCAAUGAGGAGACCGCGGAGAUGGUGCGGCAGAUUUACCACGAGCUGGACACUCCCAUAACCAAAGACGGACCUGUCAGAGGGGUGGAGGAGGUCCCCCCCUUCCAGCCGCAGGUCUACACCUAUGUGUGUGACGUGGGAAAGCGGGAGAGCGUGUAUUCCACAGCCGAGAAGGUGCGUCGAGAGGUGGGGAACGUGGACCUGCUGAUCAACAACGCCGGCGUCGUCUCCGGCCAUCACCUCCUGGAGUGCCCCGAUGAGCUGAUCGAGCGCACCAUGGUGGUCAACUGCCAUGCGCACUUUUGGACCACCAAGGCGUUCCUCCCCAAGAUGCUGGAGCUGAAUCAUGGUCACAUUGUGACGGUUGCCAGCUCCCUGGGUUUAUUCAGCACAGCUGGAGUGGAGGACUACUGCGCCAGUAAGUUCGGUGCCAUCGGGUUCCACGAGUCACUGAGCCACGAGGUGAAGGCCUCAGAGAAGGACGGCAUCAACAUGACCCUGGUGUGCCCUUACCUGGUCGACACGGGAAUGUUCAAAGGCUGCAGGAUAAGGAAGGAGAUUGAGCCUUUCCUGCCUCCCCUGAAGCCAGAGUUCUGUGUGAAACAGGCCAUGAGGGCCAUCCUCACUGACCAGCCCAUGAUCUGUACACCUCGCAUCGUCUAUAUGGUCAACUUCAUGAAAAGCAUUCUGCCGUUCGAGGCCAUCGUGUGCAUGUACCGGUUCCUCGGCGCCGACAAGUGCAUGUACCCCUUCCUGGCCCAGAGAAAGGAGGCCAUGAACAACAACGAGGCAAAGAACGGGAUGUAGGGGGGAGAGGGGGGGGGGGGGGGGGGGGGGGGGGGUUGCUGUUUGGGACACGAACAGAGGGACAUAAACCUGCAAGCACGAGGAAACAACCACUGAGGAUGAAAAUGGGGAAGAAGGGAGGAAGGAAGGAAAUGCGAAAAGACUGAAUCUAGACUUGUGCACUUGCGCGGAGCAAAUGCAAAGGUUUACCAUAUUGUUCCUCUGGAACAAAGAAAGCUGUGUACUACACAAAUGAUUUAUUUGACUUUGUUUUGUCUUUUUUUAUUUUUUGAGUUUAAAGAAACCAACAACUAUAUACUGUGUCACUAGUUUUGAAAUCAUACAGAAAAGCUAUCCUAUAAUUAACUAUUUACGUAAUGUAGUCACCAGCCUUAUUUAGUGUCAUUGUGGAAAUAUACAGUAUGUUACUGUACAAACAGUAAAACAAAUGUUUUUCACUUUUAUUUAAUUUUUGUAGACAUGCACUGUAAUUUCAGAUUUUUCUCUACACUCUUCUUCAAACCACCCAACGUCUCCCCGCCGCGGAGGCUCUUUUAUCAGGCAGCAGCUCAGCAAAGGCUCUGAUUACAGCUCGUGUUUUUUAAAAUGAAGCAAGAUAAAUGUCACAAUUAAGGUUGAUGAUAAUGUUUUUUUUUAUUUUUUAAAUACUUAAGUUACAGAUGUGUGGCAUACACGGCGUGUUGAUGAUGAUGAAGCGUACGCAUCCCCGAUAGGACGUUUUUAAAGGGCCAAUUUAAAAGAGUCUCCAGCGUAACGGCACUCAACAUUGGCCCUUUUUAAUUGUCUCUUGUUUCAGGUCUGUAUUGAAUAAGCUCUCAAAUGAAAAAGCUGUAAACAUCCGGGGGUCGAACGAGCAUUCAGAAUGUAACGCUUUUGGGAGAGUCGAGGGGAAAUUUAUUUCUCUCAUUUGUCUUUGUUUUCAAGAUCUGUGUUUGUUAAUAUUGUAAAAUGAUCUGUUAUCAACAUUUGUUCAAAAACCAACAAACGUAGGCUGUAACUCCGAGCAAAACCGCCGUCCCAACACUGAUGUGUGGUCGAGGGAAACGUAUUAAAGACACUAGACUCCCAUUAUCCUUUCCAAAGUAAAACUUUAACUCUCCUAUUCAUUGUCCAGUUAAAGUGAAAUGUAAAUGUUUAAAUGUUGUGAAUACCCCCCAGUAUCCCAAAUGACUGUCUCCACCAUAUUUGAUGUAUGAAUAUUUUAUAUAAACUUUGGGAUGACAAGAGUUUCAGAAUUUCAACUACAUUCCAAUAGGCUUCAUCCCUUGAGUCACACUGAUGAGCCUAAAUUCUCUACCUCCUGAGUUUUUUUUUGUUGACAGUAUGACAUAAGCCUUUUUAUUUUGUAAUUUUCUCAAGACUGCUCCAUUGUAGAGCAAAUGUGGUUCCAAUGUUUAGUGUCUCUACCUAACUUAAAUUAAUAAAAGUGAUUUAGAUUAUUAAA